UUUUAGUCCUCUAAACUCUAAAAAAAUAAUUCAAUUUCAGAAUACAUUCUAUACCCUAAGGUAAUUUUUUUUUUUUUACAUUACUUCUGAUAUUUGAUGUUGGCGCGUUUUGAACAAACAAACAAACACGCAAUACUUUUAAGUUUGAAAAUUGUGCUUUUUGGUGUCUAUAACUUACUAAGCCAUAUACAAUUUUCAUUUUUGACAACAAAAUUGACAGGCCUAGUGGGUAAACAAAUCCUUUGUAUGGUUGGACUGAGUGUUCAAUAAGAAACCUACCCGUCAACGUACAAUGACAUGAACUCGUGAUAUCAAUUAUUGUAUGUUUAUACAUCUUUGAUGUUUGUGCUCGAAUUCUCCACACACAAUAUGGUUGAGCUACACACCAAAAAUUAUGGUCUCUUAUUCGUUUAUUGCAUGUUAUUCUCAUUUGUAGCUUGUUUGGCAAACGCAGAAAUUCAUUAUCAUGAUUUUGUUGUCCAACCAGCGCCAGUGAAGAGGUUGUGCAAAACACACCACAUUCUUACGGUGAAUGGUGAAUUUCCGGGGCCGACCCUCGAAAUACGCGACGGAGACACCGUAGUCAUCAAAGUCACCAACGCUGGCAAAUACAACAUCACUCUUCACUGGCAUGGAAUCCGGCAAAUGAGAACACCAUGGGCAGAUGGACCUGCAUAUGUGACACAAUGCCCAAUUAGACCAGGAGAAACUUACACAUACAAGUUCACUAUUGAAGAGCAAGAGGGCACAUUGUGGUGGCAUGCUCACAUUUAUUGGUUAAGAGCCACAGUAUAUGGAGCUAUAGUUAUAUAUCCGAAGCUCGAAUCUUCAUAUCCCUUCUCACAUCCUGCUAGAGAAUUUCCUAUUCUGCUAGGGGAAUGGUGGAAUAGAGACUCGAUGAACAUCCUUCAACAGGCUCUUAAUACCGGAAUAGCUCCGAAUGUGUCUGAUGCAUAUACCAUUAAUGGUCAACCUGGAGAUCUUUACCAAUGUUCAAGCACAGAUACAAUAAGGUUCUUUGUAGAAGCUGGUGAGACAAUACUCCUGCGAAUCAUCAACGCUGCACUCAAUCAACAACUCUUUUUCGCAAUUGCCAACCACCAAAUGACAGUUGUCAGCGCGGAUGCUGCUUACACCAAGCCGUUCACAACCAAUGUUAUCAUGAUCGGACCAGGACAAACAACUGAUGUCCUUGUUACCGCUAAUCAACCACCAGGACACUACUACAUGGCAGCUACAGCAUAUUCUAGCGGUCCAGGGAUAGCCUUUGACAACACAACUACUACUGCAAUCAUUCAAUACAAAACUGCACCUUGCAAGUCCAAUAAAGGAAGUCUUCUACAACCAAUUUUCACACAAUUACCAGCUUGGAAUGACACUAACACCGCAAAUGCAUUCACAGCUCAAUUUAAGAGCAUGUAUGAAGGAAAAGUUCCUUUAGAGAUUGAUGAAAAACUCUUUUUUACAGUCGGAUUAGGACUGAUCAACUGCUCGAGUCCAAGUUACCGUUGUCAAGCCCCCAAUAACUCGAGGUUUGCUGCGAGUAUUAAUAACAUAAGCUUUGUACUGCCAAGAAAGAAUUCUAUACUUCAAUCUCUGUAUUAUCAGAAUACUGCUGGUGUUUUUACCACAGACUUUCCACCAGUUCCACCAGUGCAGUUUGAUUAUACUGGUAAUGUAAGCCGAGGUUUAUGGACACCUAUUUCUGGAACUAAAGUAUACAAGUUAAAGUUUGGAACUACUGUACAAAUUGUUCUACAGGACACUAAUAUUUCCACAAUUGAGGAUCAUCCUAUGCAUCUUCAUGGUUAUCAAUUCUUCGUUGUUGGUUCUGGUAUAGGUAACUUUGAUCCAAAUAGAGAUCCGGCUAGAUUUAAUUUGGUUGAUCCAACUAUAAGAAAUACAAUCGGAACAUCACCUGGUGGAUGGGUUGCUAUCCGAUUCAUUGCUGAUAAUCCAGGGGUUUGGUUUAUGCACUGUCACAUUGAUCUUCAUCUUACAUGGGGUUUGGCUAUGGUCUUCUUGGUUGAGAAUGGUGACGGCGAACUGCAGUCGAUAGAGCCACCGCCCUUAGAUCUUCCACAAUGUUGAGCAUGAU